GUUUGUCUUGCUCUUUGGAAUGGUGUGAUUUCCAUACACAACCACCACUUUAUGGGAGAGGAGAACUUGCUACUGGAUUUAGGUGGGUGGAUAACAACAUAAUAUGGAUCAUCGGCUUGAAGGCUGCAGCUAAAUACAUGAACUUAUUCAUACAAUCAGAUAUGUGGAUUAAUCGAGGAAUGCGAGGGAGUGUGGGACAAUGGAAUCUCACCCUAUGGAAUUCAGCAGUUUGAUCACAUGAAGCGAGUUGUUUGGAAAGGAGAGACGUCGCCUGCAUCUACCUAUAAAGCUAAGCCGAAUCGAAUGGACUGUCUUUUGAGAGAAAGAAAUCCAAGUUGAUUGUACAAGUAAUAGGAUACUGGAUAUAUCUUUACAUUCCAGAGGGGUAACUGGCCUCUGUCUGCAUUUCAGAUGCUAGCUAGCUAAUGCAUUUGAGUGGCAGACUAGUUUAGCUUUAGCUAGUUCUCCAUUGCUCCCUGUCGCGUCGGCGUCAUAGCCGACGAGAACGCUCUUGUGUCCAAUCACAGUUUUCACGUGAUGUCGCGGAUGGCUUUUGGCCUCUAUCGGAAUUAGCUUGUUAGUAGCCUGCCAGCAAUUAUUUGCUUAUCAUAACAAAAUAUUCUCUACAGCAGAGAGACCCCAUUUGUUGGCAAAAGCAAGUGUUUAAUUUGCAUCAAAACAAUAUUUAUUUAGUUAGCUAUAUAUAAAUAUAUAUAGCAAUAAUAGCCAUCGUUAUGGCUAACGUUAACUAGUUAGCAAGCUAGCCAACUUGAUGUAAAGGGCAACCUAGCUACCCAGCUAACGUUGCUCGGUGCUUAACGUUAUGUAAUGCUGGAUAUCAAUAACGUCAGCUAACUAGUCGCUAGUCGUGGAUAUAAUUGUUCUUUCAAUUUUGGGAAAGUUUAUCGGGAGCAUUUACUUGCAACGUUCACUGACCAGUCAACGUUAGCUAGCUUGUUAGGGAGCUAGCCCUUACAUCGUAGUUCGCUUUGCAUUACUAUAUAUUGUAGCAUUAAACAGGCUCCAGUGUAUAGCUACGAGUUAGUGGUGUAGUGUUGCAGUGGAAAGUCCAGUCAGGUCAGAAUGCAUCCUGUUUACAGCGGAUAGCCUCCUCUCAGUCGAUUGAGGGAUACUUAGGUAAUCAUGCUGCACCAAUGCAUGCCAUUCGAAGAUACUUUAUGUCCAUUUUAAAUGUUGCACUAACUCGAUUCUUAGAACAGUUCACAGCACCACAUCGAACAUUGGCCAAGUUUUAACACAGAUAACGGGAAGACUAGUCGAAUAUCAUCACGUGCACGGAGAUCAACUACUGUUGCUCUUCCAAGAGCCACUCCAGGAAACUAGCCUCAAGGAUUCUGUAACUAAAUUUAGCUCACAAGGGAUGGAAACCAAUUUACUGAGGAUAAUGCGAGUACAGUUGUCUAGCUGACUUUACUUGGAUUGGAAGUAUCAACAUAAUAAGCUGGAGGAAAUCUUUAUAUAGACCCAUAUUACUUAGAUUUUAAUGAGUUUAAGCUAAUGUUGGGAUAUUAGUGGAAAUGCAUAUGCAUUGUAAUUAAUUAGAAUGUUUACUAGCUAUUAUCUCAAAAAACAAAUACAAUAGGACAGGAGCUGUUGACAAACUGGUAUUACUCUGUCACUAAGACAUUUGAUUACAACGUUAUUGUGCAAGCUAUCACUUCCUGGUAGGACUGUAAACACAACAACAAGCCUUAAAAAAAAGAGUCUUUACUUUUGUAUUGAUAUGCUUGUUGUUGGCAUUGCUAUGUAGUUACACUUUGUCUUAAGACUGAAGGAAAAUAACACAGUAGAUUUUGCACAGUCAGUGGUGCCUGAAUUUCAUGUAUUUUGCUUUGAGAUAGCACACCAUUUAAAGUCCCCCACCAGCUAUUUUUUUCGACUUUUCCUGUCACGCUAGAUAGUUCUAACACUGUUUCAAUUUGCCGGGGGCGCAGUUUCAACUGUCUACUGUAAGAUACUUGAAGAUUGGCUAUGAAAAGAUGAGGAAUAUGCUCGGAGCUCUCUCUGAAAGGAAUACGCUCCCCACUAGCUGAUGUGAGGAGUUGUAACUUUUGGACAUAACUGGCAGACAGCAGAAGCACUGUGGAACUCUGUACAAAGAAACUUGAAGAGAAAAGGAGAUGGUCACCCUGCUGUGACAUCAUUGGACUGGAGGAGAGGACACGGACACGCUCGAGCCGUCUGCAGCCAUGAGUCUCCGCCCCCCCACCUCAACACUGGACAGCCCUUUUGCUGCUUGGCUCAGCAGCCUGACGAUAGGAGACUCGGAGCGCAAGACCUCCAGCGGCCAGCAGAGGGAGCCUCUGGCUGACUUCCCCACUGAGAGCACAGGUCAAGGUCUGGUUCAGAGAUGUGUGGUUGUACAGAAGGACCAGCUAGGGUUCGGCUUCACUGUGUGUGGCGAGAGGAUCAAGCUGGUGCAGAAUGUUCGACCAGGUGGCGCAGCGGUCAAGGCGGGGGUCCACGAGGGAGACAGAAUCAUAAAGGUCAAUGGCUCGCUGGUGUCGUCCAUGUCUCAUCAGGAAGUGGUGAAGCUCAUCAAGUCUGGGACAUAUGUUGCUCUGACUCUUCAAGGACCGCCCCCUUCAGCAGCUGCCCUCCCCCUACAUCCCCUCCCCACUGACCUCUUACCCAAUCAGCGGACGUCACUAGGAGGAGAAGCCCCACCUCCACCACCUCCACCCCUCUCCCCCGGACUGACCAGCACCCCCUCCCAAAGGAUCACCAAACCACUGCAGAACCUAGACGUACAGAAACACGCUACUCAGAUCCUCAGGAACAUGCUGGAACAGGGAGAGGCUGAGCUUCAGGACUUGAUGGAGGAACUGUUACUGAACCCCUCCCCAUCCCUGGAGGAGCGAAUCGAAAGUGCCAAGCGGCGGGCCCAACAAGUCAGGGUUAAAAUCCAGCAAGAUCUGGAUGGAACUCGAUUGGAAGCUGUGACCAGCUAUGUAGUAGCAGGAGAAGGUCGGUUGUCGGGGGAUUCAAGUGAAGGAGACUUUGAGGCCUGUGAGAGCCCCCACUCCUCCCCCUCCACCUCCUCCUUCAGGACCCCCCUCUACCGGAGACAGGGCUCCGACACACACACCUUCUCCGACUCGGCUGGGAAGGCUCAGAUCAUUGGCCCGGAGGAAGAGGAGGAAGAGGACGACAGCUAUCCGCUCAAUGAGAUGGACGGCCCAUUUCAGGACAUAGAACUUCUCAAGUCGCGACCGGCCCACAUGACCGUGUUCAUGAGAUACCUCUUCAGCCAGCUACUGGAUCCCAAUCCGCUGCUGUUCUACCUGUCGGUGGAGGCCUACCUGGGCUCCAGCCCUAAAGACGCCCGUGCCCUCGCCCCACAGAUCUGCUCCCACUUCCUGGACCCUGAUGCUCCAUUGAAAAUCAGAGUACGGGAAGAAUACCUGUCCGAUAUAGAGAGUCGUCUCCAUGCCCAGGAGGACAUCAGGGGACCUCUUUCUGAGCUCCAACAGCAGGUGCUGCCUGACAUUCAGGACCAAAUACAGGAUUACAGGAGUAAGCAGAUGAUGGGUCUGGGUUCUCUGUUUGGAGAGGGAGACCUGCAGCAGCUGGAUGGAGACCCAGCCAAGGAAAGACUAGUGGUGGACAGACAGGUCACUGCUCUCUGGGAAAUACUCUCGAAGCACGAAGAGGAGAGCAGUUCUCGUCUAGCCUCUGCGGUGCUGCUGUACCUCCGUCACUCAGGCAUAAAGCUGAGGGACUCCAGGGUGUUCCCAGGCCUCAGCACUGAGAAGGAGAAGUGGCUCGCCUUCUUUCCCAAGACCAAGAAGCUGAGCAGUUCAAAGAAAGAGAAGGAUGGAGAGGACAGGAAGAGAAACCCCAUCCUGAAGUAUAUCGGCAAGCCCAGGAGCACCUCUCAGUCCACGUUCCAUGUCCCCUUGUCUCCCACUGAAGUGCGUCCGGGCAGUGUGAGGAACAUCAUCCAGCAGUUUGAGAACCACACAGAGAUCCCCGGGGAGGAGGGGGCCGAGGGAGACCCUCCGAGACUGUCCUCCAGUAGCCUGGGAGAGGACAGCAUGGACAGCCCCACGGUGUCGAUGCGUCUGGCUCGUAGUGAGUCUCUGAAGGCGCAGGGGGAGGGGCGUCGGCGGGGCGGGUCCUCGGGGGCGGAGACAGUACCUCGGUCCCGUAGCGAUGUGGACAUGGAGGACUGUGGAGAGGAGGGUGAAGGGCCGGGCCUGAGACCCUUACACCACAGCACCUCCUCUGCCUCCAGCAGCUCAGCACGAUCCUGCGAGAACCCCACCCCUCCGUACACCCCUCGGUCUUCCAGAAGAAAGAGUGUGGAGUUCCCGGUGGCCUUGCUCCCUGACGCCCCAGCCCUAGAGGAGGACGUGGUGGACAGCCACAACUGGCAGGAGACGGUGGCCCCGCAGGUCCUGGCUACUCUCUGUCCCCGAGAGGUGGACAGACAGGCUGUCAUCUACGAGUUGCUGACGACGGAGGCGUCUCACCUGCGUACACUCAGGGUGUUGGAUCAGGUGUUCUUCCAGAAGAUGAGGUGUGUUCUGAGCUCUGACGAGCUGGCCUGCAUCUUCCCCAACCUGCCUCAGGUCUACGAGCUCCACGCGAGUCUGUGCGAAGCCAUGAAGAAGAGAAGAGAAUCUCCCAUCGUUCAGGGCAUCGGCGACAUCAUGCUGGCCAGGUUUGAGGGCGUGGCGGGGGAGGAGUUUCAGGAGCAGGCGUCCCACCUGUGCAGUCAGCAGUCUCAGGCCCUGGAGCUCAUCAAGAACAAACAGCGCAAAGAUCCCCGCUUCGCACACAUCAUCCAGGAGUGUGAGGCCAGUCCUCACUGUAGGAGGUUGCAGCUGAAGGAUCUGCUGGUGUCUGAGACGCAGAGACUCACCAAGUACCCUCUGCUACUGGACAACAUCCUCAAACACACCGAGGCCGGUUCCACAGACCUCCCUCCUCUCCAACAGGCUCAAGCCUGUUGCCGGGGGAUACUGCAGGCCGUCAACGAGGUCGUCAGGGAGACGGAACACCGGCAGCGGCUCAACCAAUACCAGCGCAGGUUGGACCCCACGCCACAGUUCAAGAGUCUGGACCUGACCAGUAAGAGAAUGAUCCAUGAGGGUCCUCUCACCUGGAAAGUCAGUAAAGACAAAACCUUGGAGAUCCAGGCGCUGCUGUUGUCAGACCUUCUGGUGUUGCUCCAGAGAGGUCCAGACGACCGGCUGCUGCUGCGCUGCCCGUCCCGCUUGCUGGGGGGAGGAGGUGGGGGUAGCGGGGAUACCAAGGCCUCUUUCAGCCCCGUGGUCCAGCUGGACUCACUGCUGGUGCGCUCUGUGGCCACAGACCACAAGGCCCUGUACGUCAUUAGCACAACAGAGCAACAGAUAUACGAGCUGGUAGCUGGGACGUCCUCAGAGAAAAACAUCUGGAAGGACCAACUUGAAAAGACCAUCUCAUUGGCUGCUGGCUCCUCACCUUUGACCAAUAACAGAUCCACACCUAUUUCCUCCCCGAGUCUUGGUAAUGCGUCCCCUGUCUCAACUGGCAGUCAUGUCUACCAAUCAGACGACUCGAUGACGGAGCAGGCAGUUUCAAUGGGGACAAACUCUCCUAAUGAUGAGGACAACGAGCUCACGCCCACCACACCAACGGCACAAUCAGGGGCUUUCCUCCACAGUGAGGGGCGGGACUACGGCAAGAGGCAAAUUGGAGUGGCUGAGGCAGCUCUUGAAGACGUGGAGAUGCUAAAGCAGCUGAUUUUCCACAACUUUGAGGAAGUUGGGUGGAGUCACGACUCGGACGGAACGCCCACAAACGAGACAGCCAAUGAGAGGAGCCCGCUCAAUGACAGACAGAGGCCGGCGUCCUCUGAGUCUCUCCUCAGUGCCAGUCCCAGCCAAUUGGAGGCUGAGCAUUCAGAAGCCCCGCCCUCGGAGGUGGGGUCCCCCAGUGUACAUGUUGUGAGGAAAGCUGUGGUUGCGGGCUCUCCUUCUAUCCCUGAUGACAUCACUGAUGUCAACCUUCACUCUGACCAAUCACCUGAGCCGAGAGGCGGGGCCAGUGUACGGGGAAACGUGUUCUACCUGGUGAUGCCUACAGAGCAGGGAGACGGACUGCUGGAUGAGAGUCACACAGAUGAGGUCAUUGGUCCCCCCACCCUGACCUCCACUGAACUUCCUGAUCUGGACCAGGAAGUGAUGUUAUCAAACAUACAGCAUCAUGAGGAAGAAGGGCAGGUCUCUUCCACCCUGUCUGCGGGCGACCAAUCGGAGCCAGGGAAUCCGAGGCUGGAGGUAGGGCUUGGCCAAUCACAAAAGGUCCUCCAGAGCCAUGUGAUCAAACACGUGGAUGAGAUUUUCCACACAAUCGAGGAGCUGAUGAGCAAGCUGCAAAAGCUGAGGGACAUCGAGACAGCUCAUCACCAGCUGCUGAAAACACUAAGAGAGCUGCCUGUCAAUCAGGAGUCAGAUGACCUCCCUCGCAACCAGGAAACUGUCAUCAGGACGCCGUCUCUGGACCGGGACCCAGGGGAUGAGCCAGCUAAGCCUGAGAUCCUCUCCACUGGAUUCUAAAGAUGUUAUCUCAAUGAGGAAUUCUUAACAGACUCACCCCUGCUCUGCCGUAGACAUACGCACACACACACUGAUGGACUGGGACCCCAGCCUUUACCCCCUACCCCCCGUCUCACACCCCUAACCCUCAGCCCAAUCCUAGCAUACACUGCAGGAUCCAGGAAGUACUGUGAUGUCGUUGGUGUUGUCCUGGGAGACCAGGAAGUGAUGCAGGACUGAUGGCCCCGGCCCCCUGACACCCAAGGAUCUGCCCCCGACACGGGUUCAGGGUGAACUCUGACCUCUGUGGAGCCAGAGGGAGUCCAGGGACGAGAGGAUGGACAGAUGAAGGACAAAAAAAGAAGGACGAGACUGAGAAGUAGAGAACAAGUGAUGGAAAUGUGUGAAGAAGCAAAUGGAUCAUAAUGAAAGUGGAGAGUGGGCAGAAUCUAAAUUGGCAAGGAAUAAUGCCAUGGAUGAGAUGUUGGAUGGAAGUAAGGUUGGUUACAUUUGAAGGAGAAGUUAGUAUACUUUGAAAGAAGUAGUGAUGGUUCAAGGGAGAGAGUUGAGAAGUGACAGAUGAACAGGACAACGUAAGGACCCUAGCACUUUACCCACAAUACAUCAUCUGUCACGUAUCCAUACUCCACAACGGAUUGGAUUAGUGAGGGACUGGAAACUGGACAGAUCACCGGCUCCAUUGUGAGUCAAAGCUGCACCUUGUUUGAGCCAAGAUGGUAGUUCAUUACUACUGGUUGCUUUACAGUAUGCCUGCCAUGGAGGCCAAUCGAAGAACGGUGUGUGUGUGUGUAUGCGUACACACACACACACACACACACACACACACACACACACACACACACACACUGAACCAAAAUAUAAACGCAACAUGCAACAAUCUCAAAGAUUUUAGUGAGUUACAGUUCAUAUAAGAAUAUCAGUCAGUUGAAAUAAAUUCAUUAGGCCCUAAUCUAUGGAUUUCACAUGACUGGGAAUACAGAUAUGCAUCUGUUGGUCACAGAUACCUUAAAAAAAAAAAAAAGGCAGGGGUGUGGAUCAGAAAACCAAUCAGUAUCUGGUGUGACCACCAUUUGCCUCAUGUAGCGCGACACAGUUCCUUUUACAUAGAGUUGAUCAGGCUGUUGAUUGUGGCCUCUGGAAUGUUGUCCUACUCCUCUUCAAUGGCUGUGUGAAGUUGCUGGAUAUUGGCAGAAACUGGAACAAGCUGUCAUGCAUGCUGAUUCAGACCAUCCCCAACAUGCUCAUUGGGUGACAUGUCUGGUGAGUAUGCAGGCCAUGGAAGAACGGACAUUUUCAGCUUCCAGGAAUUGUGUACAGAUCCUUGCGACAUGGGGCCGUGCUUUAUUAUGCUGAAACAUGAGAUGAUGGCAGACAAAUGGCACGACAAUGGUCCUCAGGAUCUCGUCACGGUAUCUGUGCAUUCAAAUUGCCAUCGAUAAAAUGUUCGUUGUCCGUAGCAUAUGCUUGCCCAUACCAAAACCCCCACCGCCACCAAGGGGCACUCUGUUCACAACGUUGACAUCAGCAAACCGCUCGCCCACAUGUCUGCCAUCUGCCCGGUACAGUUGAAACUGGGAUUAAUCCGGGGAGAGCAUACUUCUCCAGCUUGCCAGUAGCCAUCGAAGGUGAGCAUUUACCCACUGAAGUCGGUUACGACACGGAACUGCAGUCAGGUCAAGACCCUGGUGAGGACCACGAGCAUGCAGAUGAGCUUCCCCGUUGACGGUGAUUACACAUGAUGGUCUGCGGUUGUGAGGCCGGUUGGCUGUACUGCCAAAUUCUCUAAAAUGACAUUUGAAGCGGCUUAUGGUAGAGAAAUUAACAUUAAACUAUCUGGCAGCAUUUCUGGUGGACAUUCCUGCAGUGAGCAUGCCAAUUGCGCGCUCCUUCAACUUGAGAUAUUUGUGGCAUUGUGUUGUGUGUCAACUGCACAUUUUAGCGUGGCCUUUUAUUGUCCCCAGCACAAGGUGCACCUGUGUAAUUAUCAUGCUGUUUAAUCAGCUUCUUGAUAUGUGACACCUGUCAGGUGGUUGGAUUAUCUUGGCAAAGGAGAAAUGCUCACUAACAUGGAUGUAAACAUAUUUUGUGCCCCAAAUUUGAGAGAAAUAAGCUUUUUGUGCAUUUGGAACAUUUCUGGGAUCUUUUAUUUCAGCUCAUGAAACAUGGGACCAACACUUCACAUGUUGCGUUUUAUAUUUUUGUUUAGUGUGUGAUAUAUAUAUAUAUAUAUAUAUUCAGGUUUAUUUCCCUGGGCCCAGAGGAAGGAAUGGGUCAUAAAGAGUAAAGAUAUCAACAUACACAAGCAUCAUUCAUUCAUGAUAUUCUUCAUGUUAUGCGUAAUAUACGUUUCGUAAUCACACAUGAAGAAAGAGGUGUUUGUUGUUUUGUUUUGGGAAAACCAAGAUGUUGGUCGGGUCAGUCAGUCCUGUAUCUCUGUACAGCUGCUAAGCUACAGGAUGGGUUGUCUGUAGCGGCGACAUAUUAAUGGCUACAACACUAGUACGGCACUGUUCUCUACUGAAUGGCUGUCGUCUUCUGCACCACUACUCCUAGACAUACAGGGAUCACUACUACGAAAAAGGAAACCUGUUCAAUGAAUACCCAGAUGUCUAUCAUGUCGUCAUUUUUUCCCCUAAAGAAUGCUCUACUGUAUUGGGUGUGUACAAUACUGUGAAUUCCCCUCUUCCCUACUAUACCGUGAGUAGUAUUUACCGUAUUGUCACACCAAAACAUGAAGGGAUGGUUGUUUAUACCAAGUAGCAUACGUUUGAACUGAGAGACUCUCUGCACAGACAUGUAUUUAUUGGGAGAGGAAGUCUGUUAACCCUAUGUAAUCCCUUGUUCAAGUGUGUAAUCAGCAGCAUACAAUGUGUGUGAGUGACACCAUAGUGUGUAAUGGGAUUUCUGAGGGUAUGCAGUGUUUUCAGUUUAACUUGGCAUGGUGGACAAUUCCAGACUUUUUCUCAUACAUUUUCUUACUUCCUUUCUGACUUUUGUAUUCGUCCAUCUCUCCAUUCACUUACCCUCUUGAGCAGCAUUUUUUUUCAGUCUCCAUCUUUGUACUUUCUACCUCUUCUUCUUUUUUUAGCAUCUUUAAGGUUUUUCAUACUGGGGUUUUUCUGUCGGAAGUCUGAGUUUGUGUACGCACCUCGCUCAUACAGAGGUUAGAACUGAUGUUUCUUCCCUUUGUCAAAUGUUGCACAGCAAACUGCUGCACAGUGCAAACUACUGUAUGCAUACAGAGGUCUUUAACGAUCCUUUCUCUUGUUUAAAUCUUGUUCACUCAUGUAAUAUAGAAAUCACAACCUUGUUUUAUGUGAAUCUUUUUUUUCUUCUGUAAAGCCUUAGUCCUUUCUUUUUGAUUUUAUUUUUGUAGAUUCGAUCAAAAAAAAUGUAAGUUAUUUUCUCUCCCCUGUUUUAGAAAAAGGUGAGAUUGUUAGCUGCACAGAAGGAAAAUGAACUCAUGUUUCAGAUUCAUGUGUUUUGUGACAUUAAAAAGAACUGUUUGAAAGUC